AUUUUUAUUUCCUAUUUUCAAAUAAAUAACUGAUUUAUUUCUUUAAUUUAUCAUUUCAUUUAAGUUUUGUCUUUUAUUAAAUCGAGUCAAUUGAAAAACAAGUAAAAUAUGAAAUUCUUUCAAAUAGUUUUCUUUUUCAUUGCAAUUAUCUGGCCGUCCAUUCACUGCAUGUUCAUUAGGAACCCAUUAAAUUGGUUUCGAAACCAACCAAAAGCUCCAGAAAAUGAAACUCUUUCUGUCAAUCCAUUCGUUGAGACAAUGACUUUAUCCACAACUCAAGUCAUUGAAGCGAUAUCUCCGACAAACAGUCGAUUACCACUAUUUCCACAGCCAUUGGAGUCGAGUCUAGCAUUCAGUCCUCCUGAUAGACAAAGAGAGCCGUUAUCUUUGGCACAACUGGGAGUUCCCAUCAAAACAAAUCGCUUCGGAUUAGAUCCACUUCAUUAUCCGUUCAAAUUGACUCCAUCCAAGUUUCAUGCAAUUCAUCCCCAAAAUUCACUCUCAAAUCUACAGUUAAACCGAAGAAUAGGAGAAUUACUCGAGAGUUCCACUCGUCGUCUAGUUAUGAAUGAAACCCAAGAUGUGGUCAACAAAGAGGUUAAUAAUACAUUGGAUGACAAGCCGUCGACAGACAACUCUAUGCAUAAUAUUAGUCUGAAAACUGACGGCAAAGAAAUAGAGAAUUCAAGAAAUGACUCGAAGCUAGAGAUUGAGGAGAUGAUGACAACAUCGCCAACGCCUGUGUAUAAGAGUGUGUCGACCACUGACAGCACCGAAGAAGUGAUUGCGUCGACAAUAACACCGAAACCAAUAUAUCUUCACAACCAAGAGUUCGCACAAAUGCUUAAUAAUAUGUAUUACAAUAAUCCGAUGGAAAUGUUCGCUCCAAUGAUGGAUAGAUUUGAUCCCAAAAGCAGUUCUUAAAUGCUUUUUAUCUUUACAUUUAUAUUUUACUUUAGAUUUUAGUUUAUUUUAAUAACAUAUUUAUAUCAACACAACUAAUAUAUAUUUUCCGGCUAUACUAUAGUAGUGUUUAAUUUUAGUUUUUGUUUUUCAUAUAAAUAAGAAAAAGAAAAAUUGUAUUCAAAUUAUAUAUUUUUGGG